AUGAGACCUCUCCGACUUUGUGCCCUCCUUGUGGUUGUGGCUAUCUUUCCUCAGGUCACCGGGAGUGACUCUCUCGCAAUCCCCAUAGCGCCAAUUUCGAUCGGGUCCCUCGCCAGCCAGUUCUCGCCGCCGAAGCGUGAAGAUGCAGCCACGAUCGAAGCGAUCAGAAACACACUCGCAAUCUAUCCCUUUGCCAUCGAUGGCAAAGAUUUUGAUGCCUUGAGUAAAGUGUUCACCAGCGAUACGACAGCCAACUAUUCGGCCCCGCUGAAUGUGCUAACACCACUGUCUACUAUUCAAUCGACACUCAAAGCUAGCCUGACGUGCGUGACUACGCAGCACUUGUAUGGCACUCAGCUUAUCGAUGUUAUCUCCCCCACUGUCGCCCGGUCCGUGACGUAUUUCCGCGCUGCUCAUUUUGGGAAAGGAGAUACCACGGGACAGGUCCUUUAUGCCUUUGGCAAUUAUCAGGAUAGGUGGCACCUUCAAGAUGAUCACACGUGGAGGAUUACAUAUCGCAAUCUGGUAUACAUGCAAUCUCAUGACGAUAUGCUGGACGAUAUCGAUGGUGCGCUUUACUUGAAGAAGCAGCUCAAUUCUCGAGAGCCGCAAUAG